GCGGGGUCAGUUUAUGGCAGGUUCGUCCCCGGAGGGUGUGCGUGUGUGUGUGUCUCUCUCUCUCGCUCGCUCGCUCACUCGCUCGCCUGCCCUCUCUCUCUCUCUCUCUCUCCAAGUGAGUGUGUCGACUCGCUAAGCGACGAUCUGCAAACAGGCACCGGAGCCAGUCCGAGCUAAAGAGACACGAAGAAACAGGAACCACAGUAUCUCCCAAUGUUCUCGACGACACCUCUCCGCCGCCUGCACUGAUCCCGUCGACGUUGCCGUCUCCCCGGACUUCGACCUCCCAAAAGAAAAGGAAGAAGGAAAAAAAAAAGCCACAGGAGAAAUUAAUGCAUCUCGCGCUGCGUUCCUGUUCGUUUUGACCUGUGUAGCUACAAGGGAAUCCUGCAAGAAGGAUUAGCGGUCUGUCAAUGAGGAACUACCGGCUCAUCUUCUGCCACAACCUGAAGCAGCCAUAGAUGGUUCAGUGGUUCACUGGCUAGGGGAGGAGAAGAUAGGACACACUUUCACUGCUACACGACGUGAGGUCUUGGCGGGUCUGUGGUGAGGAGGAGGAGCAGGGGGCCAUGAGGAAGAGCGUGUCUCUGUUGCCAGGCAACGAGGGUGGGAGCUCAGCCAGCACCACGCGGGUUUUUGGCGUUCCUUUGGAGGAGGUGUCGCGCACGCACACCAUCAAUGGCCACGAGGUUCCUGCACUGGUGAAACACAUUGUUGACUACAUCGAGGAACACGGUCAUCUGGACCUGGAGGGGCUCUUCCUGGUUAAUGGCAACGCAGAGCGUGUGGAUUGGCUGCGUCAGCGCUACGACAACGGUGAGGAGGUGGAGCUGGAGAAGGAGGCCGACCUGGCGUCCGCGGUCAGUUUGCUGCGACUCUUCCUGCAGGAGCUGCCUGAGCCUGUUAUACCAACAGCGAUACAGGGACACAUACUGCAGCUACACCAAGAUUACAGCAAUGAGGAGGAGCUGUGUAGAAAUCUGAAGUACCUGCUGCAGCAGCUUCCCCAGCUGAACUACGGCCUGCUGCGUUUCCUGUGUCGCUUCUUGGCCAGCGUGGCAUCACUGCAGCAGGAGAGCUGGAACAUCGGGACACUGGCCGCCGUCUUCGGACCUGACAUCUUCCAUCUAUCAACAGACGGAGAGGACCUUCGGGACCAGGAGUCUGUUAGCAGAGUCCUGGCAGAGCUGUUAGACAACCAGGAGGGCCUGUUUGACUUGGAGGACGAUGAUGUCUCCACUACCAAUGACUACAGCUCCAUCAAUGAACAGAUCACAGAGCUGUUGGACGAUGACAAGUGUGAGCCAGAAUGUGAAGAGCUUCCUCAGGACGGGGAGGAGGGUCCUGCCUCCUCCGACUCACCACGACACACGCACGCCCAUGACGACCCUGCAGCCAGCUCCCACCUCUCCUCUAUGUCCAUCCUGCCUGCUGACUCUGCAGAGAUAAUCCAGCGAACCAUCAGGGCUGCAGUCGAGCAGCACUUCUAUGAGCUGAAAACCUCCAUCGACCAUGGCCUCAGCAACUAUGAUAGCCAGGGGGCGAGUCCCAGUGAGCCAGCAGACGAGGGUUGCCAUGAAGAUGAGGAGCAACAAACGGACCUCGGGGAGAAUCCCUGUGACACAGAAGGGGAGACCCCACUCACGCAGACGGAGCAACACAUGCAACAAAGCCAGACAGACACACAGGAUUCGCUGGACUCUGACUCCGGCCUGGUGAAGAGCUCGGGAAUGGAGCUGGAUUCAGAGGCUGUCAGAGACGCUGAGAACAACAUCAACACUACCAGGCAGGACAAUCAACCCUGUGACAGCAUGGAUCAGACCGACUCCAUAAGCUGUCAGGACCCAACUUCAUGUCGCUGUGAUCAGAAUGCCAACACCAGCGAGAACAACAGGAACCACCCAUCGCCAUGCCAACAAAACUCUGGCCACAACCCCCACCUCCAACUCUUUCCAGACAACCAAUGGGAAGCAUCACCCCCCUCCCAUCUCCACCUCCCUCCCAUAGAUUUCUCAUGUAUGCAUCUGCAAAAAGAUGGCCAAGACCCCAUCCCGGCUUUCAAAUCCUGGCAGGAUGACAGCGAGAGCGGAGAGGCGCAGCUCUCGCCGCUGGCUGGUCGCAUGGUCCCUCUCCCCCUGUUGCCCCUGGAGGAGUACGGCGAUGAUGAUGAUGAUGAUGAGGAGGGGGAGGGAGGGCAGGACGCCUCCCCCUCCUCUUCCCGCUCCCACCCUCACCUUCUGGCCCGCCGCUUCCUCGACUUUGGCGCGCACGGUGCUCAACGGUUCCUCCAGCAGGACCCGGACGCCACCUCGCCCACCAAAGCACAGAGGCCGCGCCGAGCAUCGUUUGGCUCCAAAGAGGCGAUGAGGGGAGGAGAUUCAGUGACCCACCAACUCACCAAGAAGCUACAGCACCUGAAGAAGAAGAUCAAACAGUUUGAAGAGCAGUUUGAGAAGGACAGAAACUAUAAGCCCUCUCAUGGCGACAAGGCAGCUAACCCCAAAGUCCUCAAAUGGAUGACCGACCUCACCAAGAUCCGCCGGCAAAUCAAAGGACGCCAGCACCACCUUUUACCCAGAAGCACGCUGAGGCACCAGGCUUUGCUCCAUUCACACAGACGCCACCAUGCUCCCUCCUUCCCCUCCUCUUCCUCUAUCUGCCCACCUCCCCAUCACACACUCACCCCCCCGCGCCACCCCUACUCAGGCCUGAACUCUAGACCGUUUCACCUCAAUGCCAAACACCGCGCAGAGAGCGAGCUCGGCCCUCUGACUCGUCCUCGCAGCAACACCUUGCCCAAGAGCUUUGGCUCCACACUGGAUCAAGGAGCCUACGAUGCGGCGGGGGAAGUGAAGGGUUCACAUCCCACCAGGGAGGAAACACUGGAGAUGAUCCAGCUCAGGGUCAAAGGGAAGAGGCAGGAGGACGGAUGGCCUGAUGACAUCAAGAAGAUGACAAAGGAGCAGUUGUCCUGUGAGAAGACGGUCCUGCAGAAGAACUUGCUGCACUACGAAGGCCUGCACGGCCGACCGGUGACCAGAGAGGAGCGUCUGGUGGUGAGGCCGCUCUACGACCGCUACAGAUUGGUCAAACAGAUGCUCACCAGAGUCAGCAUCACACCUGUCACAGUGUCCCCCUCCAGUAAGAGGAGGAGUCAGACCCUCCAGCCAAUCAUAGAGGGUGAAACUGCUCAUUUCUGGGAGGAGAUCAAAGAGGAGGAGGAGGAUGAGCGGAAGGGAGGAGGAGAGGAAAAGGAGGAGAAGGAGGAGGAGAGGGAUGAGGAGGAAGAUGACGAGGAAGAGGAGGGAGAAAGCAGCGGCGGGGAGAUGCAGAGCUCCGAGGUCAUCAUGGCCGUCGACCUCGUGACCCCGACCGACCGGCAAAUGGGGAGCCAGAACCAGUCCGACGGCCAGGGCGACUGUCCAAUGAGAGCCAAGCUGGAGGAGGGGUCGGGGAGGCUCGCGCUGGACCUGAGACUGUCCAGCUCCAACGCCUCGUCCAUGCCAGAGCUGCUGGAACAGCUGUGGAAGGCCAGGGCCGAGAAGAAGAAGCUGAGGAAGACCAUCAGAGAGUUCGAGGAAGAUUUUUAUCAGCAUAAUGGAAGGAAUGUUCAGAAGGAGGACCGGGUGCCGAUGCUGGAGGAGUACAGAGAGUACAAGAGGAUCAAGGCCAAACUCCGCCUGCUGGAAGUCCUAAUCAGCAAACAGGAUUCCUCCAAAUCCAUCUAGACCCGCCCUCCUCCUCGGUCAAACCCGCCAGUCAUCCCUGCUGCCAGGACACGCCGGGCGGGGCGUCCACCCGUCUGCCCGACGACAACACACCCGGGGGGGCGGACUCACGAUCGCUGCUCGGUCUGCUGCAGUCAUGUCAGUGAAAACAAGUGACGGUGACAAACGGGCGCAUUCAGGAAGUUCUCAACGUGCUAUUUAACUUUUAAAACUUCCCAGUUACAAUUUAGGGGACUUGUCUUUCAAACCUGAAUCCUGGACCUGGACUCCAGGAACCAAAAGGUUUUCGGUUGAAGCUGUUUGUGUACAGCUUUCACUCAGACUGCAACCCAACACUGGAUGUUGGUAGAAUCAUUCGAACGGGGGAAGGGAAGUUCUUCCUGACUAGUGGAUAAAACAUAAGUUAUUUGUAAGUAAAAAAACAACUAAAAAAACAUUUAAAAACCUCGAUAAAAAGUAAUCACUUUUAGCAGGCGAGGAGUUUGUGCAGCUCACAGUUACUGAGACUGUGUUCAGUGUUUUGAUCACAGAGAAAUCAUAAACCCCAUGUUUUAAAAAAUAAUCUCCACUCGACUCCAGCUGCUUUUCCUCGCAAUGUCAGAGUUCAGUCAAACCUUUAAGAUCACACAAGUUAUUUCCCGUGACAUGACUGCAGCAGCAGCAGCAGCAGCGGCGGCGACACGUGACUCCAGUCGCCCACAGCCGAUCUCCGCUGCCUCAUCCGACUUCAUGUCCUCUGAAAAUCAUCUUCAUCGCCGUUUGUGUUAAUCAUCGUCAUCCCAACAACUUGACAUAAGACUUUGCACUUGUCUUUUCUCGUGUCUCGUCUUCUGACGGGGAAAAGAACGUUCAGAUUUUUUGUUUUUUUUUAAAUUUCACUGGAACCUUUCUGUCGUGGAACUCUGUUCUUCACGGUGUUUCCUUCACGAGGAAUCUUCUGGGACAGCUCGAGGACUGGCAUUUUAGACGCUCUUCUCUCAAGACAUCCCUUCUCUCGCCUCGCUUCAGGGAGCCACGAUUUUAAACCUGAUCUUCGCCUCCCCGGCGCGGGGCGACUGAUUAUUUUUUAUUCUGUCAACUUCCUCGAAGAAACAUCUUCACAUCCUGAGUGCUUCGGACUGGUUUUAAAAUUAAUUCACAAAGUAAAAAAAGAACAAGUUUGUGCGUGUUUAGAGAGAGAAAGGAAAAAAAGUACACGUUUGUUUGAGAGACACUGUUUUCUUCGUGUUGAAUGAAAAAGAAUCUGUUGUAUUUCAAGGGAAAAUGAGAAAACUAAAUGUUUUAACUCACAUUUAGUUCUUUUCUUCUGCAUUUUCUCCGUUUUGGUUCAGUUUAUGUCGGCAGGUUGCAAAAUAACAACUUCAGUUUCCUUUGAGCUGAGGUCUGAGUUUUUAAUUCAUACUCCUGUGGUUUGGAUAUUCGACGGGAUUUAAAAGGCAGAAUUCGGCUGAAUGUGUUCACAGGAAACAGUCCGACGCCAGAUUAGGAGAUUUGGUGAUUGUACAGUGGAUACGGUUGUUGCAGAAAUAAUCUGGAAGCAUUCUGCGUUUUCGUUUUUGACUUCGCUGCAGAGACGCUUGUGGGGGAUAAACACUGAGGAGAGGAGCCAGUAUUUGUUCCGUGUUGCUGCUUGUUCUCUGAAAACCAAAAGCAUCAUUGGUUACGGGUCUGACCGGGUUCGGUAUCAGCGUAGUUAGACCUCCUCUCUCUGGAGGAGGAGGAGGAGGAGGUGGGGACGCAGCGAAGCAGGUGCUCUGACUCAUCGUCGUGGUUGGUCCCUGGUUGAUCUUCUUUUUUUCCCCUUUUGGGGUUUUUAGCUUUAAAGGCCUGAUCAAAGCACUGAUUUUAAACAUCUGUGGUUUUCCAUUAGCCUCAUAUCCACCACACAGACGGGACGUUUUUUACAGCAGAUGAGUUUAAACACACAUGAACGGAAAAAACCUCUGCUGCGUUUCUGUCCUCGGUCGAAUCUGCAGCUCCGGUGAAGUUUCAUUUCCUGCUGGCAGGUCAAAUGAGGGCAGACGAGGAGAAGAGUCCGUUUCUGAAGUUGGAUUCACGCCGACGAGUUCGUCCUCUUCAUUCUUCUUAGAGGCCGAGUUCUGAUUCAAGAUGUCACAAUGUGAUUCAAAAAUGUGGGUCGGAGAAGUUUCCGUCAGUCGCUAAGUUUCGUCUUUAGCUGGAAAGUGAGCGACGCAGCCGUUUGAGUGGGUGAAGUUCUAUUAUCAGAACCUCGGCAGCUGGUUGACCGCGGGAUGUUUUAGCUGUUGGAAGACAGAUGACACACAAAUGUGCUUUUCUUACUGUAUAGAUGUACAUUGACCUGCGGAGGACGGACGUGAUGAAUGAGACUCACAGUUGAACAAAAUGAGGGGAGGGGAUGGGGGGAGGUUUGUCGGCGCGGUAACGGAGGUUAUUAGAUGUAAAAAGAUGUUAUUUGCACAGCAUUCACAGAAUGCAGCCCUGUUGUGUUUUUUUUCAUUUGUAUUUCUAAAAAUGAAGCACUACUUCUAUAUAAAUAUAAAUAUAUAUAUACUGUACAUUGUGAAAAAAAAAGAAAAGAAAAAACACCCGAAGGAAUGAAUGUCAGAAAUGUUUAAAUUAUUUCAAACAUUGCGUUUGGCCCCUUUGGUUCAUUAUAUUUGUGAUGCCCUGAGAAUGUGUUGUUGUUUUUUUUAAGUAUCAUUAUAAAUACUACUAUUACUAUCAUAACAAUUCUUUUGUGUGAUAAAGACGAUUAAUAAUAAUAACCCUUUUUGUAUCUGCUCACUAACUGUAAAAAAAACCAGCUGUAGAAGUUAGUUUGACACUGUGUGUGUGGCUAACCAGACACCAACCUGCUCCACUCCCGGUUUGAUUUUGUCGCUCCGUGUUAAAAAUAGAAACAGAACUGUAGUGCGCUUGCAUGGCAACAAGAACAUAAUAGUACAAAAAAAAAGAAAAAAAAUCAUAUAUUGUUUCUGUUAUUUGUGCCAUGAAGAAGCAGCAAUAAUAAAACGGCGUGGAGGUUCUGCAGUAGCGGGGUCGUGAGUAAACGAUGGGUUAUAGCGACUGUGUGAAUAUUUGAGGUACUAAAAGUCAAGUCAGACACACUCUGUUAAUAUGUCGUGCUCUUACCACUUGUUGUCAGCGUAAUGUUCAUGUUGGCGCCGCUGAGAAACCAAAAUAUGAAUGAAAAUCAGUUUAACGUGAACAGGGAAUCGAAAAAGCCAAUGACGGAUGAGUUGUAUCUGAAAACAUUCCAGUUUUUAAUCAUCAUUUAAAAAGUGGAAGCGACCCAUCGUCUCUGGAGGGUUUUGUUUUUUUCCUUUUGGGGGAAUUUUUACAUUUGAUUUGUUUCGGCGCCUCCGUUCGUCAUAAAUCAACCUUUUGUUUGACGUUGUGCCUGCGACAGAGUGGUAAGAUGUCACGUGGUUCAAACGUUCUAGGCUGUAAAUGUCUCUGUGUACAGUAUGUUUCAUGUCACACUCACCCAUCCAAUGUGCACGGUUGUUUCACACGCGCGCGCCUGGGAUUCACAGCACAAGUCACUGUCAAAGACGUGUCACAGGUCACCGCUCCUGAAACAAAAAUGAUCAGCAACAGAAAACGCCACACGUCCAUCUGACAGAUCUGCAAAGGGAUUUUUGAGUAACUAGAGGCCUUAAUGUUUGAACGGAUCGACGCUCUCGUUUCUCACAGAGUUGAGGAGAAACUGAGCAGAGGAAAGAGAUUUGUUCCGGCAGCGUUUACAUUUCUGUUCGGUUCACAAAACUCCACUUGCGUGUGAUUUCCUGAACCUCGCGACGUCUUUGACUCAGAAUUUUUGCUGUGAGUUCCUUUCGACCGGAGGAGUUCAGGAGGGACGGGCGGCGGUGGUGAGCUGGUCCCUCUUGCCUCCUCCUCCGGCUGAUCUGUGUUUUAUCACAUUAAUAUAUUGUACGUAAUGUGUGUGUGUGUACAUGUUUUCAUACUUUGUGAAUGCUUUUGUUUCUUUCCUCCUGUUAUUUCUUCAUUAACAAAAAGGAUGAGAAAAUACAAUCAGUAACAAACAUUUACACAUGGAAAUAAAAAAAAUCCACAAGCUUGCCA